GAGAAGAGUAAUGAGUAGGAGAGAUCUGGACCUAGGAUUUAAUAGAUCCAAGGACUUCCCAGUAUGGAAAACUCCUCCACAGAUCCAGCAAAGGCAACUCUGAAACCAACGUACCUCUCUAUCCAAUAACUCUGGGCCUCUCACUGACUUCUACUAAGAUACUGAUAUCUGUUGGGAGCCUUUUCCAUUGGCUCAUUUCCUCCCACUAACAAAAAAAGGAGGAGGCUUCAGGAGCUGUUCCAUAAAAGACAAGUUUAGUUUUUAAUUUCCCCCAGACCGAAUGGGGUUUAGAAAACUUGAAAAACAACUACAGUCCUAGUAAACACCCACCGAAUGGGGGGGUGGCUAAACAAAUUGUGGUAAAUGAAUGUAAUAGAAUAUUACUGUGCUCAAAGAAAUGACGGAUAUGAUAAAUAUAGACAGAGAAGCUUGGAAAGAUAUGAACUGAUGCAAAGUGAUGUAGAGCCAAGAAAACAAUAAACACAACUACAGCAAUCUAAUGAAAGAAAAGAACAAAGACAAAACAAUUGAAAAUGAAACCCCAGAGUUCAGCAGAAGGCAGUAAAGCCCAGCCAAGCCCCAUUUCUAAGUUCACAAGUAAAAUAUCACCAAUCACCUUAAUUGCUGCUAAGCUACAAAUAUCCCUCGUUGUUUAUUCCACAACAUAUCCGUACAAGCAUUUCCAAGCCCAUGGUUGCAAAACUUCCCUCAGGUUUCUAUAUGCUUUACCAUGAAGCUGGCUCAGUAUGGUGGAUGAGCUGGAGAAAUAAGCAUGAGCUUUUCAAAAGCAGUCAACCAACAUACUUUCUCCUUCUAGGUCUAUGGGUGAACUUGAGUGAACUUGACCAAUGGUGAACCUCCACUGAAAGAAGCUUAGGAAAUAAAAGACAGCUAAGUUUAACUAAGGAUUAGAGGAUGCUACUAUCUGAUUUCUGGAGGGCAGGAGGUAGGCCAACACUAGCCACAAGUGAAAUCUUGCUCUUAGCCAAAAGGCAGAGAGAGAAAUAAGCUCCUUCUUUUCAUGAUAAACUUCCACACCUAUAAAUCUAAAUUUUUGCCUGCACUUCUUCACCAUCUUAACCCAUUUCCAAGAUCCAGCUCAGAUGCCAUAUCCUCCAGGAAGUUUUUAUUCUCAUUUUAUUUUUAUUUUUUAAAAUCUCAGAGGCAAUUUGGAGCCUUUGGAGUUUACUGAGCAGGAAGGAAGGGGAGGGGUGUCACAUGAUCAGACUUUAAGAAAAUCCCUUUAAGGGUGUGGUGAGGAUGGAUUUCAAUGGGGAGAAGCUGAAGGCAGGGAAACAAAUUAGGAGGUUAUUGAAGCCUUCAAAUGAGAAGUGAGAAGUGCCUAAAUUAGGGUAGUGGCUAUGUGGGUGGAGAGGAGGAGAUAUUCUAGAGAUUUUGUGGAGAUAGAAGUGAUAAAAAUUUGACAACUGAUUUAAUACAUAGGCUGGGUGAGAAUGAGGAGUUGAGGAUGACAGCAAGAUGGCAAACAUAGGUGACUGGAAGGAUAGUGGUAAUAGAGUAAUUUGAAAGAGGACUACAUUAUGGAGAGAUGACAAAUGCAUAGCGUUUGACGUGCUGAGUUUGAGAUGUCUGAGGGACAUCCAAAUGGAAAUACCCAGCAGGCAGUUGUUGAUGAGGGACUGGAGCUCCCGAUAGAGACUAGGGCUGGAUGGUCUAGGAAUCAUGUGUAGUAAGAUGGUAAUCAAAACCAAUGGGAGUUGAGGGUCACACCAAAUGAGAAAGUGUAAACAGAAAAAAAGGACCAAGGCUGGCGGUACACCCACAGUUAGUGAUCCUGACAUGAGCAAUGACAAGUAGGAAGAACCUUCUUCUCUAACAGUAAGAGAAAUCCAGAAAGGAGAAAGUAUCCAGGAGGUCAGCAAUGUCGAAUGCUGCAGAGAGGCCAGUGAGAAUGAGGAUUAAGAAGAGGCAGUAAAAUUUGGUAAUUAGGAGAUUAGUCAUUUUGGAGAGAGCAGGUCGGCAACCAGAUUUUAGGAAAUUAAAAAGGAGAUAUUGAGAUUGAGAUUGAGAUUAGAUACAUGAGAUGAGAUGACAUGAGAUGAAAUGAGAUGAAGUGGAGUUUUCUAAGUGAAGCUUUUCCUAUGAAUUUGGUUGAGAAAUAGAGGAGAGGGAGAGGACAAUAGUGAGGAUGGAAGGAUCUGAGUAGGGUUUGGGGUUUUGUUUGUUUGUUUGUUUUAUAGAGUGGGAAAACACUUGAAUGUGUUUGUAGGCAACAGGUAAGGAAUUAGGAGAUAAAGAUUGAAUAUAGGCUGAUAAUGGGAACAAUCUGCUGAAGAGGGGAGGAGAUGGCAUCAGGGGGCGGGGCUUGGGCGAAGACGGUAUAUAUACAUACAUACAUACAUACAUACACGGGAUUUACACACACACACACAAACAAUCCCCCCACGAGAUAGUUUAGAUCUGAAGGUGGGGAAGGUUAGGAGCUGCCCUGGACUUCAGGAGGAUGCAGAGACCGAGAUCGAGAUCCUAUCUUGAAGCAGAAGGUUAAAUUCUGACUUAAACUUAAUGGAGCAAGGACCUGGCGAACCCUGUGGUCACCAGAUCCCUGAGAAGGCGAGCAGAAUCCACGAGGAAGAAGAUGCCAAGGAAGAGGGGGAAGAAGAAGAAGAAGAAAAGGAAGAGAAUGAGUUGGGAGAUCCAGCAGUGCUCAGUGCCAUUCACGGUGCCCAGAGAGGAGACAAGGGCUCUCCAAGACUCAAGGCCCCCAGUGGGCUGGGGAUGUCUCCAGUAUCCUUGCACUUUCUGUGUCAGACAAUGGACUAUUUGUCUCCAAUCUCUUUCCGGUCUACAUAUCCAAGUGCCAGUUCUCCAGCACGGCACUUUGGACCUCAGCUGCCCUCACCAGACCCAUCUCUCUUCUACAGUCCACCAGCAUCAUGGCCCCCAAGGUUCAGUCUCCCCAGUCACCAGACCCAACUGCAUCCCCAGCACCAACGGAUCUUGCAGAAGCAGCGGCAGGAACAACAGAGUAGUCAUAAACACCAGAGUCCCCGUGUUGGGAAACUGUGGUCCCAGAAGCCAGAUCCCUAUGCUGGUCUCAUGAAUCAAAGGGAGAAAGACUGGGUGAUCAAGGUACAGAUGGUUCAGCUGCAAAGUGAGAACCCUGAGCUGGAUGACUACUACUACCAGGAAUAUUACCAAAAGCUAGAGAGAAAGCAGGCAGAUGAGGAGCUGUUUGGGCGAAGGGGUAGGCUGGAAUCACCUAAGCUGGUGACCCCUUACAUUCAGAAGACAGAGGACUAUGAAUCAGUGGUUCGAAUCGAAGGUUCCCUAGGCCAGGUGGCGGUAUCUACCUGUUUUGGUCCCCGCCGGGCCAUUGAUGCAGUGUCGCAUGGUUCACAGGAGCAGGAUUCAGCAAUAUAUAAUCAGAAGCUUCAAGUACUGUAUCGGAUUGAGAAGAUGUUCCUUCAGCUGUUGAAAUUGGAGGAAAAUCAGAAGGGUAUGCUAGCAAAGUCCUAUUUCUAUGAGCUGCAGAGAAAACAGCUAGAGAAGAUCUACCAGGAAUUGAGGACUGGUGAUCAGGACAAUUCAGAGGAAGCAGCAAAUGGAUUCCUACAAGUACUAUCAGUGAGGAAAGGAAAGGUCCUUGUGGCCCGGCUACUACUACUGCUUCCACGGGAUCAGGCAGUCCACCUUGUCCUAUCAAUCACCAGUCACUUGCCCUUCCUAAUUCGAAGGGAUACAGCUGAUCAGGCCCUACAUAUGCUGUUCAAGCCCAUGGGAAAGUGCAUCAAUCUCUUGGCCUUUAGUGAGCUUCUCCAAGGGCUUCAGGGACUGAUGGUGCUACAACCUGGAUCCCAAGAGCGGCCAAUCACUGUAGUUCUUCAGAACCAGUUUGGGAUCUCCUUGCUCUAUACCCUUCUGAGCCACGGGGAGCAGCUGGUGUCCUUGAAUUGUUCCCUGACACAACACAGCAGCAGCGAUCUUGCAGCUUGGACAGACAUGGUGGUUCUAAUUGCCUGGGAGAUAUCCCACAUGUCCACCGCUUCUCUGGCAGAGCCACUUGUUGUCCCCAGCAACCUCCCCUCCCUGUUCUGCCGUUAUGUGGACAAACAAAUAGUACAGCAAUUAGAAGCCAGAAUGGACUAUGCCCCUGUGGCUACCGACCUGACUUAUUUGGGAAAAUUAUCCUGCCCACCUACAUACCAGUCUGUUAGGGCUGAAGUUGAAGAAGGGAAAAUUCACUGAAGGAGCUGUGCCCUUAACACACAUGAAGAAUUUUUUGAUUUUCCUCAGUAAUUGCAAUGGGGACCCCAGGUUUCUUUACUGUUCUUCUAAUGAGUGCAGAAACCUAGAACCUUCGGGAAGGGAGUGCUGGGCAGUGCAUGAUUUAAAUUAAAGUGCUCAUAUAA